CCCGCCCUGUGAGGUCACGUGACAGCCCAAGAUGGCGGCGCCCGCGUGGCUGGGGCUGCUCCGGGCCGCCCGCUCCUAUCACGCCCCGCCCCCGCGGCGCAGGCCGGGCGGCGUGUACCGGCCGGACCCCGACGAUCCCCUCGCCCCCGCGUGGCAGCUGGAGCCCGCCUAUGAGGCCAAGCUGUACGGGCGCCACGGCUCGGCCUCCGGCGUGGACCCAGCCCGGCUCUGGCCCAGCCCCGAGAAGCUGCAGGAGCUGCAGGCCGAGGAGAGGGAGUGGUUCCCCGGGCUGAGGGAGAUGGAGGCGGCGCUGGACGAGAAGGAGCAGGAGGAGGAGAGGCAGCGGGUGGAGAGAGAGAAGCUGAUUGCUGCCAACAUGGCCAAGAUGCCACAGAUGAUCGAGGACUGGCGGCGGGAGAAGGCGGCACGCAAAGAGAAGGAGCGGGAGGACAAGGCCCGGCGGCAGCGUCUGCUGGCUGAGGCCCAGGAGCGUUUUGGCCACAAGGUGGACCACCGCAGUGCCAAAUUCCAGGAGCUGGUGCAGGAGAUGGAGAAGAAACAGCGCAAGGAGCUCAAGCUGAAGAAGAAACAGCUCAAGGAGGAGGCAAAGAAGAAAGCUGCUGCAGCUGCCGCUGACCCAGAACCUGUUCCUGUCUCAGCUGGGGCGGCUGAACCAGCCUAGGGGGGCACAUGGUCUAGGAGCCUCAGGUUGGGUCACUGCUGGAGCCACAGUUGUAACUGGGCUAAAUUCUGUUCCCAGUGCAUGCUAGAUGGGGGCUGAGCAGGGAGCUGGUGGCUCAGGUCUGGAAUGCCAAUUAUGCUUCUCAGAGCAGCAAGUCAAUACCACCAAGUACUCUAAUUGUGGGGGAGUGAAGCACUGGGUCAAUGGGCACUGCACUGCACUGCAGUGUAGGAGCUGCCCCCUGGAGUGUGGCAGGGGGCAUGGGCAGCCUCCCUCCCUCCCUGCGUGUACAUCCAACCAGCUCAGCCUGGGUUCUUCAGCAAUCCCCAGCUGGACUCAGAUCUGUGCACAGGCCACCUAAUGGAGUUCGAGUAAGGCAGAGGGAGGUUGUUGGAAGGUCCUGCUCGAAUGCCCUAGGCUCCCCACCACUUCAGAUUGGGAAUGAUACGUUGUAGGGGAGCUGGCAUUCCCUUACAGAGCCCCGGGGCUCCUGAGUGAACGCUGCUAUUGGAGAGAGGGUGGUAACUGCAUGGUGACUGUGUUACGAAUGUAACCACUAGGCUCCUUUCUCAGCCAGUUCUGCCCCUACCAAGCCAGCAACCUGAGAUCCCUGUACUUUGUAUGUUGAAAUAAAAGGCUCUGACCAGGGCCUUGGCUA